AUGGCCGCUGUUCUACCCCAAACUACUGUUACGCCUGUAGGGGGUACUUCAACAUACUUCGACACUGAUGCGAUUGUUGGUGGUUCAGCGCCCAAAAUCGCAAAUAGUGUUGAUUUCUUCAACACCACCGUCGCAGCCAAUCACAAAGAAGGUGCAGAAGAGCUCGCGCUUUUGAAAUGUAUAUACGCUCGCUCGGACCUUGAAACGAUACGUGGAAACCCAAAUGCUGUUUGCAACGCCAUCGACGACUUUGCUGCCACGAUCCCACGAGGGCUAAUGACCAUUGGGGCAGAGAAGCGCGCGUUCAUAACUGAUCUGUUGGUUAAUACUGAGACUGCGCCAACCCUGUUCCUCGAGUUCGGUUCCUAUGUCGGCUACUCCGCCAUUUGCCUUGCCAGUGCCAUGGUGGCGCGAGCCUCCCCCGGACAGUCUGUCCGCUACGUAUCUUUUGAGAAGAACCCCAUCAUCGCGGCCGUGGCAUCUAGCCUUGUGGAUCUAGCAGGUCUACGCGAUGUAAUCACUAUUCACAUUGGUUCAGCUGCAGGGUCCUUGAUGCGUCUUGCCCAGGGGGGUACAGUGACGAAAGGCACCGUUGAUUUCAUGUUGUUGGACCACUGGAAAGACUUUUACAUUUCCGAUCUGCAAUUAUGCGAGAAAUUGUCUCUAAUCCGUCCUGGCUCAGUCGUUUUGGCUGAUAACAUCAUCUUUCCUGGUGCCCCGGAGUAUCUCGCCUAUGUACAGGCCGGCAAUGCGAAAGAAUCCCCGGAUGACUUGAGAUAUACAACCAAGACAGCUGAUUUUGUUCUCCCGUUUGGCGGCCCGGACCAACUGGCCAUUUCCACGGUGUUCUGA